AUGAAGAUCUUCCAGCAAAACACCGAGUUCGACUACUCAUGGGAAGAGGUCAGCACGAGCAACUGGCGGAAAUACGGGCCUUGGAACGAGAGCUGCAAGCACGUUAUCGCGGUGGACACUUUGUCCCGGACUGUGGAUCCAUCCACUGGCAUCCUCCGAACAGAACGUCUAAUAACCUGCAAGCAAUCCGCCCCAAAAUGGGUCCUCUCCCUUCUCGGCGGCCAAGACACCUCCCUCGUGUACGAAACCUCUUACGUCGACCCCUCGCAGCGGUCCGUGACCCUCUGCUCGAUGAACAUGACAUGGUCGGACCUGCUCAACGUGCGGGAAACAUGUAUCUACUCCCCGUCUUCGAGUGACCCUGGCAAGAAGACGAAGUUCCAGCAACGAGCAGAGGUCACGGCACUGUGCGGCGGCUGGGCAAAGAUCAAGAACAAGCUGGAGGAAGUCACGGUGGAGCGGUUCCAGCAGAAUGCGGCGAAGGGACGCGAGGGCUUUGAGAUGGUGCUUGAGAUGUCGCGACGAGCCUUCCAAGAACAGAAGUCGCCUAUACUGCGGGAGGCAAGAAUAUAA